GUCCCAUAGAAAAUGUCUGACGUGUUAAACGUGGGAAUCACAUGAUUGGAGAACGUCAGUUAGCCUUCACUUUUGUCGUAAUAUCGAGAUUGUCUUGGAAUUGUUUUUGUUCUUUCCACUGUUGUUUUGACCAGAUUAGUAUUGUCUUUAUGGAUGAAGUUUGUGACACAGUUCAAGUUUUGUAACAUUUCUGGUCCUUGUUUUAUAAGAACAACUGAGUUAAAUUAUUUCAUCUGUGGUUUCGCAAGGUGGACUCUGAGCUGGUCGGUUGCAGAUUAGGUGUUUGAAAACAGUCUGAAGGAAAGGGAGUGUUUCUGGUUGAGGUCGAUCUUGGCUUCACUCCUGUCGGUGGCUGACACAAGCUCGCUUAACAGCACAUUAGUGGGUAGACGUUGAAGACUGCCAUUUCAUUCUGACCCGUUGGCACCCAAAGAAGAUGGCGAGUGCUGGUGCAGCAGCAUCGGCUGAAAGCUCUGGCCCAAGUGGAGCAAGCAGCAGUAGUACAGGUGAAGGGGGCAGUCAGGAUAGUACAUUUGAGUGUAACAUCUGUUUGGACACUGCCAAGGAUGCUGUCAUCAGUCUCUGUGGCCACCUCUUCUGUUGGCCCUGUUUACAUCAGUGGCUUGAGACUCGACCAAACAGACAGGUGUGUCCUGUAUGCAAAGCUGGUAUUAGUCGUGAUAAGGUAAUUCCGUUAUAUGGUCGUGGAAGCACAGGACAGCAGGACCCAAGAGAGAAGACUCCACCCAGACCUCAGGGACAGAGGCCAGAGCCAGAGAACAGAGGGGGUUUCCAGGGCUUUGGGUUCGGGGAUGGUGGAUUUCAAAUGUCUUUUGGAAUUGGAGCAUUUCCAUUUGGUAUUUUUGCCACAGCAUUCAAUAUUAAUGAUGGAAGACCACCCCCAGCUGUUCCUGGAACUCCCCAGUAUGUGGAUGAACAGUUUCUGUCCCGUCUCUUCCUGUUUGUUGCCCUCGUGAUAAUGUUCUGGCUGCUUAUUGCCUAAAUGACAGUUUUUUGUUGGACACUGCUCAAGAUAAUCUGGGCAUCAGAUCAUGGAGAAUCUACUGGCUGCUUGGUCCCUGAACCGGAUGGAAAAUGACUGGAGAAAUGGUUCAUCAGCAAUACAUGUUCUUUUUAUAUUAAUGAUGUGGGAAUAAACCUGAAAGGACUGCUGUGUUCAUGGCUUUGCUUCAUAAUUCAGUUUUCCUGGAAACCGUUGGGGUAUGUUUUAGGAGAGGCAGCAGUAUUGUCAUUACUCGGCUGCUGGUUUUUUUUGUAGUACACUUCUUCUGGGGGUGUCUUACACAGGUCAUCCCCAACCAUGAAUUUGACAGUGCUAGGGUAUAUAUAUCCCAAAGAGACUUCAGAGAGAACAUUGAAGAAUUUUAAUGCAUUGGAAAGUGACAGUUCUACAAUAUUUAUGUUGUCAGUUUCUAGCAGCUGUCAGUACUUGUGGACACUUGGGUGGUGGAUUUAGUGUUUGUAGAUAAAAUGUUAUCCUUGCCCCAGACUAGGUAUUAAGCAGGUAAUUGCACUGUUAUAAAGGCUGUUUUUGCCCUCUGACUUGCUUUUGCUCUGCGUUUCCUUCAGUUGUAUCAUGUGAACAGUGUCCCAUAUUCACAAAAAAGGUAGCACCAAAAUGUAACAUUUUUCCUCUUCCUUUGGGUCUUUUCGUGAUUGUGCCAUAAUUGAAUUACUGGUGGAAUUUCUGGAGAGCAGUUCUUUCUUUUGAUCUGUACUUCCUGAACUAAGCUGGUUGGUUUAUGCACUAGCCCCUCAUAAAAAUUGCCUUCUGAAAGUA